AUGGGUCUGUUCGGCGGCCUCCUGAACUGGCUGCGGUCGCUCUUCUGGAGCAAGUCGAUGGACAUAGCGUGCAUAGGGCUGCAGAACGCAGGCAAGACCUCGCUGGUGAACAUCUUGACGAACAAUCAGUUCAGCGAGUCGAUGAUCCCGACCGUCGGAUUCAACCUGCGGAAAAUCCAGAAGGGCAAUGUUACAUUAAAGGUCUGGGACCUCGCAGGACAACCUCGCUUCCGCUCGAUCUGGGAACGGUACUGCCGCGGCGUGAACGCGAUAGUCUGGGUCCUCGACUCGGCAGAUCGCGAGACGUUCUCGACGUCGAGGGCGGAGCUGCAUGCGUUGCUGGAGAAGCCGGAGCUCAAGGGCAUUCCUUUACUGGUCCUCGCCAACAAGAACGACCUGGCAGAUCACGCGACGGUCGACGAGGUCAUCUCUGCACUAGCACUGGCGACGAUUCGAAACCGCGAAGUCAGCUGCUACUCCAUCUCAGCCAAGUCGAGCCGCAACAUCGACAUCACUCUCGCUUGGCUCAUGAAGCGCGCGUAG